CAAGAAAAGUGCUGAGCAUUAGCUAGAGUGCAAAUGGCUGUAUCUCCCCAAGCCUGUAUGUAUGUUAACAAGAGGGGGUCACUAUUUGAUUCUGGCACUUGGGCAUUGGGUGGGUUGGCAUCUUGCUGCUGACUGGUCCCCAUGUGCCUCCCCAUCAACGAAGAUUUUUCCUCAUUAUUUGCAAGCACAAAUACCCCAACACCUGCCAUUCCAGUACGUAUGUAAGAUUUCGAGCAUUCCAAGGCAUCAUGAUGGACAAGAGAAAAGCAACCCUACAACUGUAACACUCGCAGACUUUGAAGGCCUGACCCUCCGAUUCAAGAAAUCGUUGCACCAAAGUCAUUCACUUUGUCGACCAAAAGUAGGACUGCAUAGGCAACAAGAAACUCUCAGCUGAAUGACGCAAAUCCCAGAGUGCAUCUUGGAACAAGCAACAGACAGAUAAUAUCCCGGACCAAAAGCAGAUGACGGCGCACGCAAAGAACCAAGUAUGCUCGCUUUUGCGGCUUGUACAUGUCAAUGCUGUACGAUGAAAGUAGUGGACAUCAGAUAUUGUGCACAAUAUGGCUGCAGGAUGGCAGGAUCCAAGAAGUUGGAAAAUCGCUGAGGACAACGAUG